UGCAAUGAUUGAUACGGGCAAUGCGCUGGGGUUUCCACACUAUUGCACAACAAUAUUUAUUAGUGUUUUUUGCUAGAUAUAAAAAUAACCGAUCAGAAGUGCACAUUGGAACAUCACGAAAAGCAGCGUGAGAGUAGGCAGUGUUGCAAAUGUAUGCUUGGAUUCAGUUGAAAACAGUAACACUGUAGCAGGGCUUGACUCAACAAUGUCUGAUUAUACAAAUAUAAACACCGCCAACGAGCCAUCACAGCAAAACUGCAGCGGAGUAGCAGUGGCAGAUGGUUUUUGUCCCACUGACAUUCAGAUACCAGCAGGACCUGAUGAUGAUGCUGUUGAAAUACCCAAGGGUACAGGUAGCGCUAGCAAGCAGAAACUUUGCUGCAAGUGCCGAUGUCUGUUCCCCAGUGCCUCGGUUGCAGAGUACAAGGAGACAUUGAAGCAGCUCGCCUUGCUGUCGUGGCCUGUGAUGUUGUAUCUGGUAACAUCUCUUCUUCUGUCAAUGACGUCCAUUAUCUUCUCAGGGCACCUUGGAAAAGAUGAAAUCGUAGCAUCUUCUCUGGGACAGUCGGUUAUCCAUGUAUUCUGGAGAGCACUCAUGUUUGGGUUUGCAAACGGAGCUGAUACAUUGUUUUCACAGACAUAUGGAAGCAAAAACAAGAAGAGAGUAGGGAUCAUCUUUCAACGUAUGUUACUGUUGAUCACGCUGCUAGCCAUCGUAUGCUGGGGAAUUCUUCUCAACACAGAGGGAGUAUUGCUCUUGUUUGGACAAGACCCACAGAUUGCCAAAUUGGCAAGUGGAUAUAGCAAAAUUUUCAUUGCAGCCACACCAGCAGAUAUGGUUGUGAGUCUGCUCAUCAAAUAUCUAGAGAGUCAGAGUAUUGUGUGGCCUGUGGUUGGGCUUGUCACCAUUAUGGGCGGUCUGAACAUACUGCUUCACUUCAUCAUAGUUUCGGCUUUACAUGGUGGAUUGAUGGGAGCAGUCUGGGCCCAGGUCAUCACCUAUUAUCUUGGAGCUUUCAUGUUGUUGGGCUAUGUCUGCAAGAAAGGCAUUUACAAGGAGACGUGGCCCGGCUGGUCCUGGGAGUGUCUUCAAGAGUGGGGCACAAUCAUGAAGUUGUCCGUUGGCGGCAUGGGUACCGGUUUUGUGGAAUGGGCAAGCUUCGAAGCCGGUUUCUUCAUCACAGGCCUGUAUGGGAAGACAGAAGUUGGUGCUCAUGCUGUUUUGUUCAAUGUCAGCAGUGUAACGUGGGCCAUAUCAACUGGUUUCGGUGUCGGAGGAACUAUCUUAAUUGGAAACUUUUUGGGAGCCAAAAAUCCAGUGAAGGCCCAUAUGACAGCUAGUCUUUGUAUCGUUAUCACAGCACUCCUGGGUGUGUUGUACAUCGUGUUCUACCUUCCCGUCAGAAAUGUUCUGGGCUAUAUCUUCACCAAGGACAUUGAUGUGGUCCUCAUGGUAGCAAGUAUUCUUCCAAUCGUUGCUGCCAGUGAGGUAUUUGACUCUGUCAAUACUGCUUACUAUGGUAUCCUACGAGGUUGUGGAUACCUGCAUGUUGGUGCAGUGGUGUGCAUCGUUGGGUAUGCAGUUGGUCUCUCUCUUGGUGCGACUUUGAUGUUUAAAUACAACUAUGGUUUGCAAGGUCUUUGGCUGGGCAUGCUGACAUCCCUAAUCCUUCAAUUUCUGUUGCUGAUGCUGUUCAUAUUGUUUCUAAUCAAGUGGAAGAAGGAAGCUGUCAAGGCACAGAAAAGAGCAGCUGUACUGCCAAAUAAAAAAUCCUUAGACAAAAAGCAAGAUGGAGGUAUACCUUUGGAGCCUCUGAAAAACCCUCUUGAAGAAUCAGUGGAUAUAUUGGCCCAAAUAGACGGACAAGAGUUUGAGGAAAGCUCUAGCAAGAGUGACGAAUCUUCCAUUCAACGGAACAAGCACCAUGGAGACGGAAACAGCAGCUGCCAGAGUGUUGGGGACGUGGAGGAGUCUGGUUUCCAUCAGCAGGAACCCCCAGAAAUGCAGGAUAGUGAUUGUGCUGACGUCACAGAGGCAGGAACCACACCCAAGUGCAGUUGCUCCCACGAGGAGAAACAGCACGAGGCAAGACUUGAGGAAGAAGAUGAUGACAGUGAGAUUGGAGUCUUGACCAUCGGCAGGCUGUCACUCCCCCAGCUCAUUUUGCGUCGAGGCUCGGCUCUUUUCUUAUGCAUUUCCUUUCUUCUUGUUUCCAUUUAUGUCUCAAAUGACAUCAUUCCUUCUGUCAGACCAGCCGUCCCACAAUCAGUAAAUGUAACGUCAAAUUACACCACAGAGUUCACAGAAAGUUUUGAUUUGAGCACUUAUGUUAGCAGUUAAUUUGGCAGGUAUUCAGAUGGCUACCCAAGUCAUGAAUAUAUCCUCAAUUCUCACACCAGGUGCAAUAAAUGCUCAUGCUCCUGUCUUGACACAUUACGCAAAGAGAGAGUGAGUGCGAGAUCUCUACUUCUAAACAAUGCACAGGCAUUUUUUAAUACAUAUAUUCAGUGCAUGAAAAGUAUGCAAUCCAAUAAAGCUGAUUGUACAGCAAAAAUCUGGUCAACCUAGAAAAGUAUUCAUUGAUUCAAGAGUUUAUAAUCAAGUUAAAUACAUUACACCUAUAUAAUCAGUUAUAGUUAAUUGAAAUUAAUACAGAACUAAUAUAACUCUGUUUCACAACUAUUUCUUUUUUUCUUCUUUUACUUUUUUCUUUUUUUACUUGGGUUGUGACAAGAAGUUAUGUUCAGUUAGUCACCAGACGUCGAUCCCCUAAACUCAGAUUUGUUCUUUUCUACUUUAUUGCACUACAUCUGCAUGUUAUCAGAUGGAAGAAAAGUAUUUGAAUAUUUGAGUUUAUCAGGUAUUUGGCACAGAUCUACAAACCUACCUCUUUUGUGAAAAUUUUGCAAUAUACUGUUCCAGACAGCCGAGUGCUUUGUUAGCAUAACUCUCACGAUGUACAGUAUGGGCAUCUUGCUGCAUUAUGAAUCCAGUAUUUUAACUGGAAACUUUCUUGCCUCAUGCCGAGGUUUUUGCCAAAGAUGGCAUUAUUAUUUCACGAAUAAAGUUGAGAAUUCACAUUGACAUAAAAAACACAGAAAUACCUUUUAAACAAAAGUAAUAGAAUUGUAUUAGAAUGAAGGCAUUUGAAGGUGUUCAUUGAAUUACAUAUUAAUGUAUAUUUUGCUGAAAAUAUACAGUGUAACAAGUUUUUUUUCAUGGAGGGAGUGAGUUUUAAACUUUAUUAAUCAGAUUGUGUUUUAUAACAAAUAGUUUUAUUGCGAGGAAAUAAAUUCUUUGGUCAUAAUACUGGCAUUUUCAUCUAAAGAAUUACAAAAGUUGUAUUUUAUGGAUUAACCGUCAAUUUCGGUACAGAAAAGUGAAAAACUUAGGGCUUUUUCAACAGUAAUCAGGGCCUAGUAAACUACCUCUUGCCACUCACAGAUUUGUAUUGCAAGGCAUAAUUUUUGUGGAACAUGUACUUGUACUGACAUAUAUUUAAUUAAAAGGAAUUCGCUGUCUUAAUCUUCUCCUUA